AUGUUCUUUGACAUAAAUGAAGAUUUGGAGGGUACCACUGUUGUCCCGGAUGAUGAGGUACAAGUUGAACCACCAAGAUCCGGGUUGGAGUUUGACAGUGAGAAAGAGCUUGUGGCGUACUAUAAGCAGUACGCCAAGCAAGAGGAUUUUGGUGUAAGGACACAGAGGACCAAAAGAGAUGAUGAUGGGAAGCCUGUGUAUCUGACUAUUGGUUGUGCCCGUAGUGGAAAGUACCAUCCUAAGCCAAACAAUAAUAUGUCGAAGCCACGGGCAACCACUAAAACGGGUUGUAAGGCCAAGGUAAAUGCAGCGCUGAACAAAAAUGGGAAAUGGGUGAUCACCACUACUGAGAAUUCUCACAACCAUAUUACUGUGAGCCCCAAGAAAAGUAGACUACUGCGAUCUCACAAACACCUAGAUCAAUAUAGUCAAAAGAUCUUGGAGCUGAAUGAUAGAGCCGGAAUACGAAUGAAUAAGAACUUUUAUUCUCUUGUUGUUGACGCGGGGGGUUAUGAGAAUCUAGCUUUUCAAGAACAAGAUUGUAGGAAUUACAUUGACAAAGCUAGAUAUUUAAGGUUGGGCAAAGGAGGUAGUGAUGCACUUAAUGAGUAUUUCAAGAGAAUGAGAGAUCAGAAUGAUGGCUUCGUUUCUAAUAUGGACGUGGAUGAUGAGGGAAGGCUACGGAAUGUGUUUUGGGCUGAUGCACGUAGUCGAGCCGCCUAUGAGUAUUUUGGAGACGUUGUAUCAUUUGAUACAACGUACCUAACAAAUAGGUACGGUAUGCCUUUUGCUCCAUUCGUGGGAGUUAAUCAUCAUGGGCAGUCCAUACUAUUCGGGGCGGGAUUGCUAUCAAGCGAGGACACACAUUCCUUUGUUUGGUUGUUCCGGAUGUGGUUGGAUUGCAUGAAGGGUAGGGCGCCGAAGUCUAUCAUAACCGACCAAGAUAGAGCAAUGAAGAAUGCGAUUGCUAUUGUAUUCCCUGAAACUCGCCAUAGAUAUUGUUUAUGGCAUAUCAUGCGCAAACUUCCUGAGAAGUUAGGAUCGCACGCCAAAUUCAACCUUGGGUUGAAGACUGAUAUCCAUUCGGCAUUAUAUGAUUCACAGACCACCUUGGAUUUUGAGGAGAGUUGGGGUCAACUACUUGAAAAGUAUGAUCUAUUCGGCAACAAUUGGCUUCAGUCCUUAUAUGAGGAAAGGUCCUUUUGGGUUCCUGUUUUCCUGAAGAGUAAAGAAAGUGGAGGUCGAGACAACGGCUGA